AUGAAACGAACUCCAACAGUAGCUGAUUUGUCGGGUUCUACCGAAGAAAUCCCCAAAAAGAAGACCUUCCUGGAACAAGUGUCUGACAAACUUCCCCGAUUCAAGAUUCCCAAGAAAAGUUGCAAAUCCCCUUUAAAAUGCAAUAGUGCAGAAAAACCUGCCGCGAUUGUUCCUAUUUCCGAUCAUGAACCCUCUCAGGAAACUGAUAAAACUAUUUCCCCGUCUUCUGAUCAGAAUAUCCUUUCCCAACCUAGUGAUCAAAGUAUUAGUUCUUCUGAUCAGUUCAUCAGUUCUCAGCCUUCUGAUCAGUUCAUCAGUUCUCAGCCUUCUGAUCAGUACAUCAGUUCUUCUUUACCUCAGCCUAUCAGCACAGACCAUGAUGAUCAGUUAAUCAGUGAAACUAAAAGUCAGUCUGAUAACCCCGUAGAUAAUGCCUGAGUUGGCGCGCCAGCACUACAACCAACUGAAACAAGUCUCCAUGGAUAAGCGCCACGAGAGUAGGAUCUUCAACUUGCGGGGGUUUAACAACUACGUCAAGAGCUUGACAAUGAAUGAUUUCUUGGCGCGGUUAGGUCCGCUGGGUAAACGCGGCGCUAAAAUCCUGGACCUAGGGUGUGGUAAAGGAGGGGAUCUGAGGAAGUGGGGUCUUGCUAAACCUGCCCACGUGGUAUGUGUGGAUAUAGCUGAUGUGAGUGUAGAACAGUGUAGGAGCAGGUACAGGGAGCGACCUAACGAGCUGACUUUCAAAGCUAAUUUCAUUGUGGCAGAUUGUACACGUGUAGAUUUAGAUGAGAAGUAUGUGGAGGAGAAUAUUCCUGAUAUAGAAUUUGAUUUGGUUAGUUGUCAGUUUGCGCUACACUACGGAUUUGAAAGUCAAGCGCAAGCAAAACGAAUGAUAAAAAACGCCGUCUCUCAUUUAAAACCAGGGUGUUUUUUUACAGGAACUAUUCCUAAUUCGAACUAUCUCGUUAAAAAGUAUUUGUCUCUAUCAGAAGGAUCCCGGUUUGGGAAUGAUGUAUAUUAUGUAGAUUUUCAGGAAGAGAACAGGAAUUUAUUUCCCUUGUUCGGUGCUAAGUAUGUGUUCUAUCUUCACGGUGCGGUUGAAGAGCUGCCAGAGUUUCUAAUCCACUUCCCACUCCUUAAAUCAAUGUUAGAAGAUGAAGGAUGUGAGUGUGUGCUCGCGGAACCCUUCACAGACUUUGUUUACAAAACAGACCCUAAGACGGGGGAGCGAGUAAUGAAGGAGGUGGAGGUGGUGUCCCGCACGCGGGGACUAAACGACCAGGGUACCCUGCCACGCAGUGAGUGGGAAGUGGUGGCCUGCUACAUGGCCUUCGGGUUCCGGAAACUUACUGAAGCUGAGCGGGAGGAGCGGAGAGACAAGAAAAGAAGGAAACUUGAGUAGUUACCAUGGUUACAGUUAGUUACCUAGUUACCAUUACAGUUAGUUACCUAGUUACCAUUAUAGAAUAUAGAUGUGUGGUGGUGGAUUUAAAAAUUUAAAAGUUUUAAGAGGAAACAUGUAAAUUUCUGAACACUGUACUUGGUGUUUUAAGCUAUUCUGUCGGAAU